UAAGACUAAUUCCAACAACUUCACAUGAGUAGUUUUUUUUUUCAAUGGACUGCACAGACUAGCUCUGGGAGUACGCUGGUUGUCACCAUGCCAUCAGAGGUUUCUUUAAGUUCCUGAAGCAUUCGCAGAGGACAAUAUACCUCUGGAAGAGUCACCUAACUGGACCUCAGGUCUGAGAUCAGACAACGAGGUACUGAAGAUGGAAACAUCAUGUAAAAAACUCCGUUUUUUAGUCACAUUUCUCCUUGUGGCAAGGUGUCAUGGAGCAAUGGAAAAAGGAAAAGACACGUCUCUGUUAAGCUUCACACACCCUCUUUACAAUGCUACCAUCUAUGAAAACUCUGCCCCACGGAUGUAUGUUGAGAUGCCUGUAAAGAUGGGUAUUCAGCUGACAGACCCCCUAUGGAACAUCACAUAUAACAUCGUUGCAGGUGACGAUGAUGAUUUGUUUCAAGAAGAGGCUCUCUCAGUUGGGGAUUUCUGCUUCCUCAGGAUCAAAACCCGCAGCAGCAACUCAGCUCUGCUAAACAGGGAAGUAAGAGAUAGCUAUACUCUCACAGUGGAAGCAACAGAAAGCACUUUUGAGUUACAGGCAAAGACAAAGGUAUUUGUUCAAGUGCUCGACACAAAUGACUUAAAGCCUCUUUUCUACCCCGCAUCGUACAAUGUGAACAUCAUGGAGGACACUCCUCUUAAGUCGAGUGUGGUCAAAGUCAGUGCUACAGAUGCUGACAUUGGGAGCAACGCUGAGUUUUUUUACUCCUUCACUAGCAGAGCUCAUCCAUUUUCUGUCAAUCCCUUCACAGGCGUGGUCACCCUUGUCAAGAAGCUCAAUCACACUCGGAUGCAGAGGUAUGACCUCACAGUGUUAGCAGAAGACAGAACGAAAAAGAUGUCAGGCAUUCAAAAAUUUGGAAAUACUGCUCGUGUCACAGUAAACAUACAAGAGAUGCCCAAGAAGUCUCCAGUUAUCACACCUCUCCCAAAACCCAAAGUGUCUGCAGAUGGAAAUGUAGACAUAAGCAUCCGCGUUGAAGCAGGAGUCAAGCCUGUGGUAUCCCUUCAUAUUGUUACUGGGGAUCCCCACCAGUAUUUUGAGAUAAUCCCUUCGGGUGUGCAAAACACUGACUUCCAAGUGAUUUCUACAAAGAGGAUUGUUUGGUCUCAAAGUUCUUUUGGGCUGAAUCUGUCCCUUCAAGCUAAAGAUAUGAGCUCUCCAAGCUUUCUCUCUCCAAUUACAAAAAUCCACAUUCCAGCUGAUCAUUAUAGGCCUUUAAACUUUCUAGAGGACACAUACAUUGUCACCUUAAGUGAGUUUUCCCCUCCUAAAACUCACGUAGUUAAAGUCUCUGUCAUCUCAUUUCAUGAAAAUGUUACAUUUAACAUCAAAAAUAAUCCAGACAGCUCCAAUUUUAAAAUCAAUUCCAGAACUGGAGUUAUCAUAACAACAGGGAAAUUUGACUAUGAAAGAAAAAAUCGAUACGAAUUUGAUGUGUUGGCCAAUCAGGGUGAAGCAGAGACUCAUAUUGUGGUCAAGAUUGCUGAUGAAAAUGAUAACAGUCCACAGUUCAGACAAACAUCUUAUCAGGCUACAGUGGAUGAAAACACACCCGUCGGCAGCAGCGUUCUCAAAGUUGUUGCUUCAGAUAUUGACCAAGGCAAAAAUGGCUUUGUUACCUAUUCUUUUGCAAGUUCAGGCCAUUUACCUUUCACCAUAGAUGCUUUCACAGGCAUUAUCUCAACCUCUGAAACACUAGACUAUGAGCUGAUGAAACGGCGGUAUCACCUGAGAGUCUGGGCUUCAGACAGCGGCAGUCCCUUUAGUCAGGUCAGCGAAUGCCCUGUGACAAUAACCCUGAACAACUUGAAUGAUAACAUCCCUCUGUUUGAGAGAGUCGGCUGCAACAUCACCAUACCACUGGAUUUAACAGUGGGAAAAACAAUUGUUGAGGUUUCGGCCAUUGAUUUAGAUGAGUUGCAGCAGCUCCAGUACUUCAUAGAGUCAGGGAAUGAGCCCCAAAUCUUUGACAUUGAUCCUGUUUCUGGAACAAUCAUUCUUAAAAAGCAAAUCCCACCACAGGAGGGCUCAUUCACUCUGAGAGUUGUUGCUACAGAUGGAAAGCAUCACUCUGAAGCCUCAGUUGUAAGAGUAACGGUCACAAACAAAGGUGACCAUGCAACUGUAAGCUGCUUGGAAACAGGCAUUUUUAAACAGAUGACUGAUAAACUCAUAGAGUCAAUAAAGCCAGUUUUAAUCAAUCAGGAAGAGGAGUCUUUCUCAGAUAUCCACAUCACUAACAGACAUUCUCCCAAAAUUGUUAUGAGCGUUCCCAGUUCUAUCAAUGUUGCUGAGAAUUAUCAACUUAAUUCCACCAUUCUUCAGUUCAAGGCCACAGACAUAGACUCUGGCUUUAACAGUAAGUUGGUGUAUGCAAUAUCAACAGGAAAUGAAGAUGGCUGCUUCGCAAUUAACAUGUUUUCUGGGGACCUUCGUUUAAUUUGCCCCCUGGAUAGAGAAACCAAAGAGUUCUACAUUCUGAACAUCACAGUUUAUGAUUUGGGAACACCGCAAACAUCUGCGUGGAAACUCCUUGCUGUCAACAUCAUGGAUGUCAAUGACAACCCGCCUGUUUUUGAUCAGCCUAGAUAUGUGAUUCGUGUUCCUGAAAAUACUGAGGAAGACUCUGUUAUCUUCACAGCUCUAGCAGUAGAUGUUGACACAGAUUUGAAUGGAAAUGUCCUAUACUCCUUAUUGACUCCCACUGACACGUUCAGAGUUGAUGAGCUGACCGGAGAGGUGAUUGUGACGGGUCCGUUGGAUCGAGAAAACUCUCUAAGACAUGAUCUCUGGAUCAAAGCCAGUGAUCAAGCCAGAUCCGGUCCUCAGUUGUUCUCCACCAUUAACCUGGUGGUAAUUUUGGAGGAUAUUAAUGACAACCCACCUACAUUUGUACCAAAAGUCUAUCACAUAAAGGUUGCAGAGGAUGUUCCUUUGGGAACGUUGCUUGUUUGGGUGGAGAGUGUUGACCUAGAUCUGGGUAGUGGAGGUCUUGUGACAUACAACCUGAAGAACACAGAGGGUGGGAUCUUCCACCUGGAUUCGUCUACUGGAGCUUUGACCCUUGAACGCGAGCUGGACUUUGAAAGGCGGCCAGCUUACAAUCUCACAGUUCGAGCCGUGGACCAUGGCCUUCCUCGCUCAUUGUCAUCGUCCUGCUUUGUGGAGAUUGAGGUUCUGGAUGUCAAUGAAAACCUCCACAAACCAGUGUUCACAGAGUUUGUGUAUGACGCCACAGUGAUGGAGGAUGCCGCAGUGGCCACAUCCGUUGUAAUGGUUUCUGCUUCAGACAAAGAUGUGGGUCGAGAUGGAGUGGUCAGAUACCACAUCAGUGAUGGCUCUGGACUUGGAGUUUUCUCAAUUGACGAAGAAACAGGUGUGAUUCGUACGGUGGAAAAUCUGGACCGAGAGAUGGUGCAGCAUUACUGGCUCUCUGUCUAUGCCACAGAUCUGGGAACCGAGCCUCUGAUCUCCUGGACCCAUGUUUUCUUGGAGGUCCUGGACAUUAAUGACAAUGCUCCAGAGCUUUCCCAGCCGGUGUAUUUUGCAUCCAUCCAAGAGAACAUGGAUAAAGUAACCUCUGUAAUCCAGGUGUUGGCUACAGAUGUGGACAGGUCCUCUGAGGGGAAGCUUUCCUACCAGAUGCUGGAAUCUCAUAGGACGUAUUUUGAUGUGGAUCCAAAAACAGGUGUUAUCAGCACACAUUCUGCCUUGAACCGCGAGGAUAAACCCGAGCACAGCAUCGAGGUAAUCGUAUCAGACAACGGGUCUCCAUCAUUGCAGUCAACCGCCACUGUUGUCAUCCAGGUCCUGGACGCCAACGACAACCGGCCAAAGUUCACAGACAAACUUUUCCAGGUCAAGUUGCUGAAACAGCACAAACAUGAUGGUAAACAAGAGGUAUGCAGGGUGGUCGCGCGAGAUGACGAUGAGGGCUCCAAUGCUGCCAUCACCUACAAACUGCAGGAUGGCGCCGAUGAGCAGUUUCAGAUCGACCCGCUGACAGGAGUGGUGACAUCUCAUGGAGAUUUCUGGCCAGGGAACUACAGCAUUCUCACAAUCAAAGCCACCGAUCAGGGCAGCCCCUCACUCUCGUCUACAACUCGUCUUGACAUUGAGUGGGUCCACCGUCCACCACUGUCCAGCAAACCAAUUACAUUCGAUGAGCCUCACUUCAACUUUGCCGUCAUGGAGACGGAGCUUGUCACUCACAUGGUGGGCAUCAUCAUGAUGGAGACACAUUGGCCGUUGCUGUGGUUCGACAUUGUAGCCGGCGAUGAAGACAAAGACUUUGACAUCCAGAGGAACUCAGGAACAAUCACAAUCGCCAGAAAGCUCAAUGCAGCUCGGCACUCCAACUACAACCUGACGGUGGAGGUCACAGAUGGGCACCAUAGCGCCACUACACAGGCCUACAUCCGUGUGCUGGACAUGAACGAACACCGGCCCGUCUUCCUGAAGUUGCUGUACGAGGUGAGGGUCCCUGAAGACACGUCCCCGUGGAAGGACAUCCUGCAGAUCAGCGCUCAGGACAAUGACACCAACAGCAAGCUGGUGUUCUCCAUCCACAGCAGCCUUCAUCCAGACAGCACCAAGUUCUUUCACCUGGACCCGAAGAGUGGCGUUCUGGUGAUGAAGGAUGAACUGGACUUCGAGAUGAUCUCUGUUCAUACGCUCAUCAUUAUGGUGCGUGACCAAGAGAUUCCAGUGAAGAGGAACUUUGCAAAGGUGGUGAUUCAUGUAGAGGACUGUAACGACCACGCUCCAGUUUUCCUCAGCCCCCGUUAUGAAGUCAGAAUCUCUAAUCUGGCCCCCUCUGGCUCUGAGGUUGUCCGAGUCAAGGCUCUAGACAAGGACAUAGGGAGCAAUGCAGACAUCAGCUACUCGCUGCACUCCGGUAAUACUGACAACACCUUCUCCAUCGAUCCUGAGCUGGGCUCCAUUAGUGUUUCCAAACCUCUGGACCUUCAGCCUCAGGACCAUUUCCACCUAACGGUAAAAGCCACUGAUCUGGGCUACCCUCAACGUUCUGACCUCUGCUCUGUUCACGUCCACAUUCGCAUUUCGGAUCAAACUCCACCUGUUUUCCCUGCGGAUGAAUACUUAACAGAGGUCAGUGAAUUAAGUGCUCCUGGCACUCCAGUGGUCACCAUCUCAGCCUCCAGCCCAGCUGCUGUGUAUUAUGGGAUAGAGAGUGGAAACUUAAAUGACUUGUUUUCCAUCAACCCCUACACUGGAUUAAUUUUCACCCAAAGAUAUCUUGAUUUUGAAACCUGGGAGUCCUACAAGCUGAAAGUUACAGCCUCCACAACAGCUGGAGGCAUGUCCAAGACUGUGGUCCAUAUUUAUGUGAUGGAUGAAAAUGAUAACGCUCCUGUCUUUCAGCAGAGAGAGUACCUGGGUCAAAUCAGUGAAUCAGCUCAUAUAAAUAGCAUGGUGAUGGGAAAAAGAAACACACCACUGGUUGUUCAGGCAUCCGAUGCAGAUCGAGAUUCAAAUUCUCUGCUGACGUAUCUGAUCCUUGAACCUGAGGCUCUGAAAGUUUUCAAGAUUGACACAAGUAUGGGUACCAUCUCUUUAAUUUCCCCGGUUGACUUUGAAGCCAACGCUGAAUAUCACCUCACAGUCCAGGUGAAAGACUCAGGGGAACCAUCACUGUAUGCAGCAGAGCCUGCCAAGGUCACUGUACGCGUCCUGGACCUUAAUGACUGCGGGCCACAAUUCAACGCCUCUGUGUAUGAAUCAUCCAUCAUCUUCCCAGCCGUCAGAGAUACUGAGGUUGUACAUGUCGUGGCCCAUGACGCAGAUUCCACAGUCUCAUAUAGCAUCACUGAGGGAAAUCUUCACAAUGCCUUCUCAAUUGAUCCCUAUACAGGAGUCAUCACUGUGACCAAUGUGUCUGAGUUCAGGUCAUUUUACCAGCUGACGGUCAGAGCUUCAGACGGCCUCUUUAAAGAUUCAGCCACUGUCAAGAUAAAUGCAACUAUACUGAUCCCAAGUGAUCUAGAAUUUCAGCAGAAGGUUUACUCAGCAAACAUUGUAGAAAGCCUAAAUACAGUGAAAACCUUGGCAGCACUGAAAGUCUCAGGAUGCUAUCUAAAUGAGCCUCUUUUAUACUCUGUCAUCAACCCCAUGGGUAGGUUUACUAUUUCCCAGAUGUCAGGGGUUCUUGAAACCACAGGCAUUCCUUUUGACAGAGAGGAACAAGAUAUUUAUGACAUAGUGGUAAAAGUACAUGACACCAGAACUCCACCCAGAACAGCCACUGCUCAGGUCAGAGUUUUUAUAGACGAUAUAAAUGACAAUUCUCCACAGUUUCUAAAUUUGCCUUUUUCAAUGAUGAUUUCUGAAGACUCAGAGCCAGGAGAUGUUUUGUACCAAGCAACUGCUAUUGACAAAGAUCUGGGAGAAAAUGGAUCCAUCAUGUAUUCUCUAGAGGAGGAUUUCGACCUCUUCAGAAUAGAUCCAGAUGUGGGGGAUAUAUCCCUUCAUAGACCUCUUGACUUUGAAGCCCUGAAUAAAUACAUGUUGACUGUUGUGGCUUCAGAUGAGGGAGAACCCAGUCAUAGCACCACUGCUCGGCUCACUAUUCAAGUAAGGAACAGAACCAAUCCUGUUUUUCAAACUCAACUUUAUCCACUUAGAGUUCCUGAAAAUGUUCCCCCAUUCACCACAAUUCUGCGCGUUCAGGCCAGAAACCCAGAGGGGUAUCGACUCAUCUACAAUCUGGAGGAGGAAAAUGCUUCAAAGCAUUUUCACAUCGAUUUUAAGACAGGAGUGCUGACCAUAACCAACCCUCUGGACUAUGAGAGCCAGACCAUGCAUGUAUUGACAGUUCGAGCUACUGACUCUGUGACUGGAGCCUUCUCAGAAGCAUCCAUUGAAAUAGUGGUGGAGGAUGUGAAUGAUAACGCACCAGUUUUCCCACAGCUGACUUACAGUGUGAACAUUGCUGAAGGGCUUCCACUAAGCACCUCUGUGAUCCAGCUCAGUGCUACAGACAAAGACUCUGGUACAAAUCAAGACUUGACCUACCAGAUAGUUAAAACCAAAGGGAAUGAAACUGAUUUCUUUGAGAUAAAUCCUAGAACUGGACUGAUCGUAACAAAACAAGUUCUGGAUUAUGAAGACAUUAAACACUUUAAUUUGAAAAUCAAAGCCAUCGACAAUGGGACUGUUCCUCUCAGUAGUGAGGUGGUGGUUUUUGUAAAUGUCAUUGAUGUCAACGACAAUCCCCCUGACUUUGUUAGUUCUCAGUAUGAAGCUACUUUAGAUGAAAUGGCCAAAUGUGGCCACAUUGUCAUUAAAAUUCAAGCUUCAGAUCCUGAUUCUGAAGACCUCAAUAAUCUCAAGUACAAGAUCAUUUCAGGCAACAAGGACCGAUACUUCAACAUUAAUGAAUCCUCAGGGAUCAUCUCCUUUUCCAACGUCUGUAAGAGAAAUCUAGAUCCUCACUACAGUCUGACUGUGGCUGUAUCUGAUGGAGUUUUUCAGAAAACUGCCCCAGUUAAUAUUGACAUGAUAAACAGCAACAGGCACAGUCCCUACUUUAAACAGACCAUCUAUGAGGCAGAGCUGGCUGAAAAUGCAGAGGCGGGAACUCGUGUGAUCCGGCUGGCGGCUAUUGAUCCCGACGAUGGGCCAUAUGGAACCAUUGACUACACCAUCAUUAACAAACUGGCUGAUGAUAAAUUUGCCAUCCAUCAAGACGGUCAGAUUGUUACGACUCAACCGCUGGAUAGAGAAAACCCCACCCAGAAAGUCAUAGCAAUAAAAGUAAUGGCUAAGGAUGGUGGUGGAAAAGUGGCCUUUUGCACAGUCAAAAUUAUUCUCACAGAUGAGAAUGACAAUGUUCCUCAAUUCAAAGCCUCAGAAUACCAAGUUUCAAUUCAGUCCACUGUAAACAAAGGCUCCCCCGUCAUUCAGAUUGUGGCUUAUGAUGCAGAUGAUGGUAAAAAUGCAGAUGUGACCUACAGUGUGGAUGAAGCUGAGGAAGUUGUAGAAGACAUCAUCGAGAUCAACCCUUUCACGGGAGAGGUCAAUGUUAAGGAGAGUCUGGUGGGGAUGGAAAACAAGAUCUUUAACUUUAAAGUAAAAGCUCGUGACGGCAGCCUCCCUUUUCAUAACUCCACUGUCCCUUUUCAACUGAAGGUGGUUCCUCCAGAGGUUCCUCUGCCAAAAUUCUCAGAACCUCUCUACAGUUUUUCUGCUGCAGAGGAUUUUCCCAUUGGGUCAGAGAUUGGUUCUGUGAGGGCCGACUCUGACAUGCCUCUCAUUUACAGCUUGGUCAAUGGGAACACUGUGGAAAGUAAUAAAGACAAAGUGUUUAGCCUGGACCAAGAGAGUGGAACUUUGCUGCUACAGAAGACCAUAGACCAUGAAAAGACAAAAUGGUACCAGAUAGAUGUGAUCGCUCAAGGGAACCAUAACGGGACAGAUGUUGCAUCACUGGUCUCUGUAAGCAUCCAGGUCCAGGAUGUCAACGAUAACCAGCCCAUGUUUGAUGCAAGCCCAUACAGGGCCUUCCUGGCUGAAAAUAUGCCUGCUGGAACCACUGUUAUUCAGGUGACAGCCAAUGAUCCAGACACAGACACCAAUGGACUGGUCACCUACAGCUUGGAGACACUACCUGAUGGCAACCAGCUUGACAUCAAUGAGGUGUUCGCCAUUGAAGGAGAGAGCGGCUGGAUCACCACGCUACAGGAAACAGACUGCGAGGCUGUUAGAGUCUACAGGUUCAAUGUGGUCGCCACAGACCAUGGAGGGGACGUCAAGCUUUCGUCCAGUGUCCUUGUGGAGGUGAUGGUGACAGAUGAGAAUGACAACCCGCCUAAGUUCACGGAAGAAGUAUACCAUGGCUCGGUGGUGGAGAAUACCACCCCGUUGGAACCAAUUGUCUCUAUGACGACCACAGAUGCUGAUGUGUCUCUGGAGAACCGCUUGGUGACAUGUUACAUCACAGAUGGAGACCCAUUGGGCCAGUUUGCCAUCAUCCAGGAGGACGAUGACCAGUGGGGUCUGAUUGUAAAGGAGAGUCUGGACCGAGAGGCCAAAGGCCGAUACAAGCUGCAGGUGACUGCCACUGACGGGAAGUUUGAGGCUCCAGUUACUGUCGAUGUUCACGUGUUGGACAUCAAUGACAACAGUCCAGUUUGUGAACAGCUGGUUUACACAGAGGGGGUGAUGGAGAACUCACAGCCCAGGAUGUUUGUGCUGAAAGUUUCAGCUUUGGAUCCAGACAUGGGAGCAAAUGGCGAGAUCUCGUACACGCUGCAUGGUCCAGACGCUGACAAGUUCCAUCUGGAUCCGAGAACAGGUGAGCUGUUCACUUUGGCCGUGUUGGACCGGGAGACGCAUGCAGAGUUUAACCUGGUGGCAAAGGCAACUGACGGUGGCGGUCGAUCCUGUCAGGUUGACAUCCUGCUUAUGAUCCAGGAUAUGAACGACAACCCGCCCCUCUUCUCCUCUAGCCACUACGAGGUCACCAUGUUCGACAACACUACAGUUCGCACGCCAAUUGCCGUCAUAUACGCCAAGGACUUGGACACAGGAAUAAACUCGGAGGUGAAGUACUCCUUGCUGGCUGGAGAUGGUGGUUACUUCUCUCUGGAGGAGUUCUCUGGAGUCCUGCGGCUGGAGCGACCUCUUACCUCUGACACCCCACCAACUUUUGAGUUGAAGGUUAAAGUCACCGACCGCGGCCUGCCUCGCCACCUGUACUCUGUUGCCAUGGUUACAGUGGAUGUGGUUUCCCUGGACGACUACCAGCCAGUGUUCCUGAGCUCAGAGUACUCUGCAACGCUCCCAGAAUCACUGGCGGUUGGGUCUGAGGUGCUGAGCGUGUCGGCGCUCACCAGAGAUGGGGGUGGUCCGGAUCCCAUCAGGUACCGCAUCAUCUCAGGAAACCAGGAUGGGCGGUUCCAGCUGGACUCACAGACAGGUCUUGUCACCCUCAUUGCCCCACUGGAUUUCGAAGUGUCCCGGGAGUACUACCUGUCUGUGGAGGGAAGUCGUGGCAAGUCUUCCCUCAGUGACAUCACAACGGUGAUCAUCAACGUGACGGAUAUGAACGACAACGCGCCGGUGUUCAAACAGGGUGUUUACAGCACUGAGAUAUUGGAGGAUCUGACGCCUGGAAGUCUGAUUAUGAAAGUAACAGCCACAGACCUGGAUGGCCCGAACAAUAAUCUACUCCGGUACUCAAUCGUAAGUGGAGAUCUGCAGCAGCAGUUCUUCAUCCACCCUCGCAGUGGCGAAAUUUCUAUCAGCACAGCACUGGACAGAGAGGAGAUCCCUCAUUACUCUCUGACGGUGCAGGCAGCUGAUGAGGGCAGCCCCCCUCUGUCAUCAGCAGUCCUCGUCACCAUUACUGUUGUGGAUGUCAACGACAACCCACCUGUCUUCUCUCAGGUCAACCACAAUCUAGUGCUGCAGGAGGGCGAGUCCUUUGGCAGCAGCAUCCUCCAGCUUGUUGUGACGGAUAGAGACACUCCAAAGAACGGCCCGCCUUUCUCCUUUCACAUCAUCAGUGGCAACAAUGACCGGCAUUUCCAUGUUGACCAGGGCGGUCUGGUGUCACUUUCUGCACCUCUCAGGAAGAAGAACAAGCCCUACCAUCAGCUAAAGAUCCAGGUAACUGACAGCGGUCACCCUCCACUGUCUUCUAUCUGUGUGCUCAACAUCAACGUCACUGAGCAGAGCAAGUAUCCUCCCACUGUCGUCCCCCUGGAGGUUUUCAUUACUACCGCCGGAGGGCUGUUCGCGAACCGGGUUAUCGGCAGACUCCACGCGUCAGACCAAGACCCUCAGGAUGUCUUGACCUACAAGCUGGUUCCACAAAAGCCAGAAGCGAACAGGUUCUCUGUGGACCUGACGGAUGGUAAAAUCUGGGCAGAUGAUAACCUGGAGUUGGGCUCGUAUACGCUGAACAUCAGUGUGAGCGACGGGAAGUUCACUGUCUGGACAGAGGUUAAAGUUCAUAUGUGGGCAGCCAGUCAGAGAGCUCUGGACUCUGGUCUGACUCUGCAGCUGGUUGGAAUGUCACCUGAGGAGUUCCUCGGAGAUCACUGGAGAGGCCUCCAGCGCAAAAUGGCAGAGUCUCUCAGCCUACCUAAACAGGAACUUUAUCUGGCCAGUCUGCAGCAGCGCCCUGACACCAAGGCACUCGAGGUCCUGCUGGUCCGGAGGUCUGAGGAAGGACUCAUCCAGUCUCUGUCAGCUAGCAAAUUGCAAGGUAUUAUAGCAGAUAUGGAGGACGCUCUGGUCUUCCGAAUUUCCAAGGUGAGCCAUGAUGGAUGUGUGGGAGCCAGCUGUCCGCCACGAGGCUGCAGGAAUGCCGUGCUGCUGUCAGGAGCGAGACUGAGCCAUUUCACCACAGCUAGAGCUGGUUACAUCACACCACAGCACACCUGGGAGAGCGUCUGCUCCUGUAACGAAUCGGCUUUGAGGUUCAGCAGUACAUCCUACCUGAAGUAUCUCCACAGGAUGGACGAGGACAGCCAGGAUUUCAGACUCUCGCUGAGGUUUAAGACGUUUCUGGAGCAAGGCCUCAUCAUGUCCACUAGGGGUGCAAAUGACUGGGGGGCUUUACAGCUGAUCAGAGGAGAGCUGCACUUCAGGUACAAAUGUGGAAACACGUCCCCAAGCACACUGCUGGUGAGAUUUCAUCCAGUGUCAGACAGCCGCUGGCAUAACGCCCUGCUGGAGGUCAACUCCAGCUCCCUGAAACUGACUCUAGACCAGCAGCAUCCAGCUUCCAUCAGCCUGGCAGAGCCAUGCCGGAUGAUGCAAACCCAUGGUGCUUUGCUAUUUGCACCUGUAUCUCAGGACUUCACUCAAGAUUUCAGCCAGGACCCACAUCAUUUCAUUGGCUGUCUGGAGGGCCUGGAGCUCAACAAGGAGCCAAUCGUAGUGGGUGAUGCAGCAGAGUUUAAAGGAUCAGGAAGCAGGAGGGUGUUUGGGGUGUAUCAGUGCUGCAACAUCGCAGGAGGUUGUGACAAUAAACCGUGUGAGAAUGGAGGAGACUGCAAGGAGGACGCUGCUGGAGAGCCCCACUGCACAUGUGCAGGAAGCUUCCACGGCACCCGCUGCGAGCUGGUCCACAACCCUUGCCUUUCACAGCCAUGCACCCAUGGCAGGGUAUGCAUACCAAAGGCUCGAGGUUACAUGUGUAAUUGCUCACUGGAAAACACUGAAGCAAGAUGCCACAACGAGAUUGAGGUCUGCUUGCCUAGUUUCUGUCCUGGAAGCUUUGAGUGUAAAGUCACCAAUGGCUCCAUCUAUUGUGAUCCGCUGCCACUGGUAUCUCCAGAGUUUGGCUAUGUGGAAAUCAUACAGAUUUGUGCCAGUGUGCUGGGAAUAAUGUUCCUUAUUGGAAUAUUUGUUUGCGUCAGGAAAUGUUAUGUGAAGCAGAAGAAGAAAAAGCCUGUGUGUGUCCAGGACUCAAGUGGGUAUUUCCAGCCCAGUCUGGCUAAGAGCCUCAAAGCAGAAUGCCACAACAUUAACCCUGUUGAGGUCAGCUCAGUGGUCAGCUCCAGCAACAACUUGGAUCACACACCAUUCAGAUCCCUGAGACCCCACAGCCAAAUUGGUUCAGGAGGUGGAUCCCCAAAGACACAGCGGCCAGUUGUGUGCAGCGUGGCCCCCAACCUUCCUGUCAGAGCGCCGUCAAGCUCUGACAAUGACUCCAUCAGGAAGAGCCACUGGGACAUGGAUUAUGAAGUCUACCCAGCAGACCCUGACUAUUAUGGACGCCCAACAGUCCGGGAGUUCCCCCAGUUUGACAUUGUGGAGGAUGCGUACUCCACCUCUAAUGUGGACUCUCGGAGAAACUCCCGUUUUGGGGGCUUCCCAUUCCCACUAGAUCGCUGUGAUCGGAGGGCACCACUGCCACCAUGCUAUAGCAACCAGAACCUAGAUGACUUUUUGGGUCCAGACGGUCUUCCUCUUCCAAGUUCUCAGUGCCCAAACGAGUACACUGCCAUCAGCUACUAUCCCACUCAGCACACCCGGAGCCUCGACAAUGUCUCUUCAGGCUAUAAGAGACUCAGCAUGCGUCUAAGUGUGGCUAUGCCAUCCUAUGCUGAACAGACCAGCUCGCCACCAGGACCAAACCCUGCCCAGCCUCAAACACGACCCACGGGGCAAUACCACCGCAACUAUGAUAGGUCAAGUAUAGUGGAGAGUGAUUAUGGGAGCUGUGAAGAGGUCAUGUUUUAGGACAAAAUCUACCAUUUUACACAGAGAUCUCCUUCAUUGCUAAAGAUUAUGUUGGCUUCAUAAACUGAUUACACAAAGCAAAAGUACUCCACCUCAGCCGCUCUUCCAGUUUAAGACAGCUUUGUGUACAAGUACACAUCUUAGUUGGAAGUCUACUUCAGCUGAGCUCUGAUUCCUCAAUCCAAUCAUCUUUUCUUUCCACCCUGAUGGACAUCAAAGAACCGUUGCAAAUGACAGUUCAGAUGUCUCUGAUUUGUUUGACUUCUGCAAGCAAUACUGUUUUACUGUCCCAGAAUAGAUGGAGGUAGUUCAAGACUGCUCAAUUACCUCUGCAGGAGAAGCUGAUUAGAAGUUCAUCUUUUAAAUCAAGAAAAACUGCUGCAACCAGAAAAUAUUAACAGUGUUACUGACUUGACUCUGCACUCUUUGGAAAACAAAAUACGAUUUUUUUUUAACUAACAGGAGAGACUCUGCCUCCCCACAGACAAGACUAUGUUUGAAACAAAUGUGUAGCUAUCAUGCAUUUCCCUACAUUUCUGACUAGACAGCCACUCUGUACAAGACAGUUAAUUAAUGCCUGCUCUCUGUCUUGAACUGAACAAGUAAAUCAUGUGUUACAUUAAUCAUAAUUGAAUCUGUACUCCUGAUCUUUUUCAAACUGCAAGGAUGCCAACAAAAAAAGGUUUAAAAGUAUUAAACAAGACAUUCAGAACUUUAAAUGCAGGAUAAGCAUUUAAAUGUUUUACUCAUGUAUUGUUUACAUCUUUCCUGAGUGGGGCUGGAUCCCCAUUUAAACAAGUAGUUUGGUGAUGUUAUUUGUGAUGUAGUAUUUUUAAAUGUGUUACACUGUACUCAACACAGGGAUGAUUCAGCAUCUUGUCUAUAAACAUUUCCUCCUGGAUUCUAAUGAGUGCUGAAUGGAUUUUGGUUCAAAGUUUGGGAUUAACCGCUGCUCAGCAAUGUUUCCACUCUUGAUGUUCAUGGGAACGCUUCAUAUGGAAGAUUUGCUGCAGCAAAGAAAAGCCAAUUCAGCCAUUUUAAAUGGUAGAAAAAUAUAACACUGAUUAAUAAAAUUCCUGUUUCGGUCUACAGCUACCUUUGCUGCAUACAGCACUUAGAAAAAAUGUAAAGUUGACGUUUGUUGCAGCAAAAAGCAAUUUUAAAUUUUUUACUAAAAUAUUUAAGAUAAACUUCAAAUUGCAAUGCAGUUUGAUUAUUGUAUUAGGUCCAAAUUUCAAUUUCCACACUCUCUGUCCCUGACCUUAGGUGGUUUAAAGAUUCAAAAAAAUCAUAACUAUUGCAAUAGAUACAUGCUGUAUUUUAAGUAAUUUCAGUGGUUCUGAAUAAAUAAUAUUUUUUCAUUAGUUAAGCCCAUCCUAAUCCUCAUUAGUUCAGCCCUUCUGUCCAGCUCUGCUAUUAUUCUGAAGAACCUUAACUCCCUUCAUGAAGUGUAAUGAAGACGCACAGCUAACUUGUAUCGGUUAAUCACAAAGGACAGCUGCAUGCAUAACAUACAAGUAGACAGUGAGUUUUGAAAAACAGACCCGUGUGAAAGAGGAAGUUAUUCAGGUUAAUGAAUUUUUAAUCUUAGAGCUCAAACUGAUUCAUUCAAAGCUGUAUACAGUAACUUAUGACGUACCAUCAGUGCUUUGGAGCUUUUUGGAGUUUUUAACUAAAAUCUCACCUUCUUUCCAAAUUUAUGAUUUAACAAGCAUUAUCUGAUGCAUCCUUGACUAGCUGCUUCUUUGUAAAAGCUAAUCAACCUACAUGUAUUUAAAUUAAUUGACCAUUUUGGAUAAUGUCUAUUGUAUUGAAGAGCUGAAUAAAACUCUAAAGCCUAAUUUUCUGUUAUAAGCAAGACCACAUAGGACUCAAUCUUCUUACAAAGCAAAACCAUUGAUUUAUGCAACUUUCUGCAUAAAGGUGGACAGGAGGGCUUAAAUGAUUAAUUAUCAUUCUUCCUUUCUAAUAGUGAGUUACCUGUUACAUGAAUCUCCUGUUCUUUUGACAUUUAAACAUAGCCACACACUGGAUGAUGUACAUCCUGUCACUGAUGGUUUAGCUGAAAAAAUUCAUCCUGGACAAAACAAAGUCUUAUAAACAAGCACUAACAUGUAAAUAAAAUUAUAGUUUUGUGCUGUUUUUGUGCAGGAUACAAACCGCUUGAAUGUGUGUUAGAUAUGUUUUUUUUUAUUCAAUUAUAGUUUAUUUUUGUAUUAUGUGGGCAUCCCCAUGUUUCUGUUGUUUCUCUGAGAGAUUUUAUUAAAAUGUGCUCCACUUCUUUCUUGUUUCCAAAAGUGAAUAAAUACAACUUCUAGAAACACCAACGA